AUGCCUGGAUUGUUCUCGCUAUCGAAUGAAUUGCUCAUCCAAAUCUUCACGGUUUGCCCGACUGUCCAAACAGCAAUGCAACUUUCAUGCGUCAACAAGCAAUUGCGAUCGAUAUGGCUCCAACACACGGAUGUGAUCGUCAAAGGCAUCAUACAAGCGACUGUUCCGGCAGCUGAUAUAGCCAUCGAGUUUUCCAUGCUUGAGACGCGUCUGCGGAAUUCGCUCGACGGCAAUGAACAACCUCCGCUGAGCCUCUGGUUGCCGACUUUGAUGCGCAAUGCCGGACUCUGUGCCAGCGCCAAAGAAGCUGCCGACACCUACGUUGACCCUCCGCAGCCAUGGCGCCAAACGCCCAUGACUUCUCCUGCUUCACCGGCUCACUGGUAUUUCAUACGCAGAGUGUUUCUCGCUUUCGACUAUCCGCAGCUGAGAGAUCCGGUGCAUAAAGAGCUUCUGUCAGCUUCUGAAGAAACGAGGGAGAGAAUUAGCCAGUUCCGCAAUUUCAUCGUCGGAUACUACAACAAAGAAGAAUCAAUUCGUCAGGGUGUGCCGAUGGAUCUGAGGUAUCCGCCACUUAAUGAAGAGGAUCACGACAUGCAUCAGGACGCUUGGCAUUAUAUGGACGAUGUCAUCUCUUUAGCACGGGGCGAUCUUGUCCUCUAUCCCGACGACUUGGCUCUAGCAAUUCAAGGAUACAAUACUUAG